UAUUCGCAUGCGUUAUCGCUUUAUUUUAAAUGUACCAUGCAGAGUAUAUCAACUUUGUAAUGUGCUGAAAUAUUAAGUAAUAUAGAAGUUCAUUUUGUUAUGGUGUACGUGUUGUUGCAGCAUUUCAAUACACUGUAGUAUCGAUGUAACAUAUCCGUGUCAGCUGGAUAAAUAACAAAUAGCACCAUAUAAUCUCGCCAGUAGUUUUGUGAGAAAAGUAGCAGCGGAAUAAUGGCUUUAGCAGCGAAUAGUUUGCCAACUUUGUACGAAUAUUACACUGGAAAUGGAAUUACGCAGGGUUUAUCGGAUAACCAGCCCUAUUUUACCCUCAACGAGAAAAAUAUUACCCUGUACAGUGGGGCUUUCCACUAUUUCCGAGUGCCGAGGAAGUACUGGCGGGACAGGCUGAGGAAAAUGAGGGCAGCAGGCUUGAAUACCGUGGAAACUUACGUUCCCUGGAAUCUACACGAGCCCCAACCAGGUGUGUACGAUUUUGGUCAAGGAGGAACUGAUAUGGAAGACUUUUUACACAUUGACGAAUUUUUGAGAACCGCCAAAGAGGAGGAUCUUUUAGUGUUGGUUAGACCUGGUCCGUACAUUUGCGCAGAAUGGGAAUUUGGAGGUUUUCCCAGCUGGCUUUUAAGAAAUGUUACUACAGUUCGGAGUUCAAAGGACAAAAAUUAUAUGACUUACAUACAAAGGUGGUUUAACGUGUUACUACCAAUAUUGGCGCUGUUUCAGUUCCAAAGAGGAGGAUCGAUAGUCGGUUUCCAAGUCGAAAACGAGUUCGCCAGUCUCUCCAUAGACGAUCCAGUAUACCUCAAUACACUCAGAAAGUUAUUUAUUGACAACGGUAUAACCGAACUGCUAUACACAGCUGAUGCUCCAGAUUAUACCCAUGGAAUUAUACCGGGAGUGUUGCAGACUGCUAACGUGGGAAGUAUGUCACAAAUUAUAAAUGGGAUUAAAACUAUGCACAAGCGACAGCCCAACAAACCAAAUAUGGUUAUGGAGACAUAUACAGGGUGGUUCGACCAUUGGGGUGAAACUCAUCAUACUACAUCAGCGGAGGGUUAUUUACCUUAUCUAAAAGCAAUUUUAGAUUUCCCGUCAUCAAUAAAUAUGUACAUGUUUGUAGGUGGUACCAGUUUUGGCUUCAUGAAUGGUGCAAACGAUAACACAAGAGGAAUGGACAAUUCUGGACUUCAAAUAGACACCACCAGUUACGACUACGAUUCACCAAUCUCUGAAUACGGAAAUGUUGCUAACAAAUUUUCCUUAAUAUCAAAUGAGAUAAUUGCCAGAAAUCCAGUUAAAACAAAGCUACCCCCACUACCAAACAUCACUGCCCCUGUGAAGUACCCUUCGAUUAUGGCCGAGGGACAACUAUUGCUGUCAGAUAUAAUUGACGAAUCAAACGAAAUAAUUAAAUCAGAAAAUGUUAUGUCGAUGGAAAGGUUACCUAUAAAUAACAAUUCUGGUCAAAGUUACGGCUAUAUUGUCUAUAGACAGUAUAAUCUGUAUCUGGCAGCCAAUUCUGUACUAACAAUAUCUGGAUACGUGAGAGAUACAGUACUUGUUUUAUUAAAUGGAGAGCUGGUAUCACCUGCACCUGUCAACGACAAGAGCAUCGAAGGAUUCGGCUUCUGGAAGCUCUACAACUCUACCCUAAGUCUAGGCAAUAAAGAACUUCAAAACGCUACGUUAGAUUUGGUUGUUGAGAACUUUGGAAGAUGCGGAUAUGGAGCCUUAGAUCAAUUCCAACAAUAUAAAGGUCUUACUGAUGACGUUUUCGUUAAUGGAAAUAAACUAACAGACUGGACGAUUAUUCCCUUAGAAUUUAAAACUAGCUGGAACAAAAAUCUAGGCAACUGGAAAGCUGUAGGAAACACUACAAAUACUCCAGCACUUUAUAAAUUUUCACUAAACAUACCAGAAGAACCACAAGAUACCUUUGUGUCUUUAAGGACUUGGGUCAAGGGGAUCACAAUAGUUAAUGGUUUUGUGUUAGGUAGACACUUUUUUAUUGGUCCACAACAAACCCUGUAUCUGCCUGCUCCAUUUUUACAUAAAGGAAAAAAUGAUAUUAUUGUGUUUGAGCACUAUUAUUCUCCUAGUUAUCUAGAUUUUGUAGAUCAUCCAAUAUUUGAAAAGGUUGGUCAUGUGAACACUGUAAACAGAGGUACGGAAUUGAAAACACUGGUUUCUUUCUUCAGAAAUUUGUAUGUUAUGGUAUCUGCAUAAAAUUAUGUUUCAUAUUAGAAGCGAAAAGGGGAAAUUAAAGAAAUCUACCAAAGUUAUACCUAGUGCGGAAUUAGAAUAAAAUGUUUUUUAGCUUCAUUAUUUAUUUAUUUUUUAUCUGAUGAAUGUUUAAAAUGUUACUAAAGAAAUUAAAUGAAAAGAA